ACCAAAACAGAUCAACCGGAAACCUCGCGUUAAUCAUCUGACGUUUUUUUUUUUCUUUUUUUUUUGCCGCGUGCAAGUAAUGAAACGUUUGUGCUGACUCGCGGUCCGUUUUUUACCCGCACACCUGCGCUUAAGCAGAUUGUGGGCAGAGCCGGGACAGCUGGCGUGUGUGUGUGUGUGUGAGCUGCGAGUCGGUGUGUUGGUGCAUGCUCCACUUAGCUUCUGUAGCUUCAAGACCCAAGCUGCUUCAUGCUAGCCGUAUGUGUGUGGGGUCGUUUUAUACUUUCUUCCUUUCUCUUACACACACACACGCACGCACACACACACCAAAACCGGUGCAAGCAAGCAGCGCGCGCGCAUCGAACCCAACGCCGAAAAGUGAACGCGAGUGACUAAAAGCCGGCGCGCGCCCAAACUCGUCGAUGUGCCAAAAAAGUAACGCCGACAAAAGCAACCAAAGAAGAAGAAGAAGAGGAGGAGGAGAACAAGAAGAAGGAGGUGUGAAGGCGAGAAGGUGUGAAGCCACGCGCGGCGGCGGAUCAUGUUCGUUCCCCUGCCGGUGCCGUUAAUGCUGCAGAGAGCUGCUCCUGAACUCUGGCGCCUCAAAGCUCCGUUGCAUAUGCGCUCCACACACGAUAUCAGGAUGAAUAAAGCAGCUAACGAUGAGAAGACUGAAGCUGACUUUCCUUCAGAGAGCACAGACUCGAAGAAGAACAGUCCCAAGGCUAGUGAUCAGACCCAGUUAAUGAAAGCAAGUCCGUUCUGCCUUUCUCCAAGCCCAAGCCACACCAAAAUUAAAGCAGGAGAUGUACCUGAGCUCAGUUCCCAAGCUCCUCCUCAUCCUCCAGCUCAGCCUUCUCUACCACAUGCACAGCUCAUGUUGGCCGGCAGUCAGCUUGCAGGGCUGGCAGCUCUGCUACCUGCACAGCAGCAGUUAUUGCUUCAGCAGGCUCAGGCCCAGCUCCUGGCCGCUGCAGUGCAGCACACCAAUGCAGCUCAUGCAGCUGCCGCAGCCAGUCAGCAACAGGCCAAUCAGGCUCUAGCACAAGUCCAGUCACAAGCCAAAACAGAGCAGAGUCCUGUCCAUGCUCCACCUCCACUUGCCCUCUCACAGCCAAUUCAGCUCUCUGCCCAGGACAUUCAGCACCUGUUGCAGCUGCAGCAAUUGGUGCUGAUGCCAAGUCAUGCUCUGCAGUCUCCUGCCCAGUUCCUUUUGCCCCAGGCACAAGCCCAGCAGAGCCAGCAGGGUCUGCUUUCAACACAAAAUUUGAUUUCGCUACCUCAGCAAAGUCCUGGUUCACUCCUGAACAUGCCACCCAGACUGAGCAUGCAGACUCAGCGCAACCAAGAUGCCAGGCCAUGUUCAUUACAAAGGGAGAAGGGAAGUGACAGCAGCAUGACCCCAUCAGUAGCUACACCCAUGAGCUUGGCUGCCACAGUAACCUCACACAGCGAGGAGCCAAGUGAUCUGGAGGAGCUGGAGCAGUUUGCUCGUACCUUCAAACAGAGGAGGAUUAAACUUGGCUUUACCCAGGGUGAUGUGGGAAUGGCAAUGGGAAAGCUAUAUGGCAAUGACUUCAGCCAAACCACUAUCUCACGCUUUGAGGCGCUCAACCUUAGCUUCAAGAACAUGUGCAAGCUCAAACCCCUGCUGGAGAAAUGGUUGAGUGAUGCAGAAACUAUGGCAAUAGACAGCAUGCUACCCAGUCCCAGCUCACUGUCCUCUCCAAUGCUGGGCUUUGAGGGGUUGCCCGGACGGCGCAGAAAGAAACGCACAAGCAUUGAGACAAAUGUCCGUGUUGCUCUGGAACGUAACUUUAUCAUGAAUCAGAAGCCUACAUCAGAGGAGAUCCUCCUGAUGGCCGAGCAGCUCAGCAUGGAAAAGGAGGUGAUCCGUGUGUGGUUCUGUAACCGCAGACAAAAAGAGAAACGCAUCAACCCUUCAAGCACCACCCCUCCCCUGCCCAGCCAUCCCCCAGCUGCAACACAGAAACCCCCUUGCUAUACUUCACCUAUGAUGUCCAGUCAGGGGCUAGUUCAGGCUACCACCUCAAAUCUCAAUGUGACAGCUGUUAGCCCCACGCCCUCAGCAACCUGUCCUCCAAACCCUCUUGGCCACACAUCUGUAAGCUCCACCCCAGCAUCAGUGACCUCCCCUCCUCUCAGCACAGCCAGCCCCAGCCCCACUGGGAACUCAAUGAUGGGUGUAAGCACAAGCAUGAGCCAGGCCCUCAUCAGCAGCCAUCCACUGGCUACAAUGCAAGCUCUGGCUGCCAGGGGUGGUCAGAUGCCAAUUUCAGCCCUAGAGAGCAGCGGUCAAAUGUUUCUAGGUGGGGCCACAGCUCCAGCGGUGGGGAUAUGUCCCUCCCUCUUUCUUAACCGUCCUACCUUGUUGCCCAUGGCAACAGGCACCAGUACGAGAUUGGUCAGCACAGCUCGUGCAUGUUCACCCUCUAGUGCCAGCCACAUGAGCCCAGACUCCUGCUCCGCUUCUUUGUGUUCCAGCCCUGCUUCCUACUGCUCCUUCAGUGAAGCCUCUCCACCACCUUUAGGAGGAGCAAUGACUGAGUGACAUCUGCAAUGGCCUUUCACAUGCUGAAGGAAAGGAGUCAGAUGCAGUUCACACAUAAACACAAAAAAACUUGCCUUUUUAAGUGAAGCCAUCUCUUACGCCCUUCAUUUCUUUCCAACUUUUAUCUCUUAAACAAUACCAAAAAAAACCCCACAAAGAAAGGAGAUUGGGGAACAAAGAAAUGUAUCGGUCUUUUCAUUUUGUGGACUGAGCUGCAGUGCUUUUUGGGCCAUAAACAAUAAUGUACACUUCCUUCUUUCGGAACAACAAAAAAGGACUCUUAUACAAACAGCUGAAGCAGAAUGUAAAGAUAAGAGCCAAAUUGUUUUGAUGGAUUAUGGUGGUGGGUAAAUGGACCAAAGGAAAGGCAUAUCCGAGCACUCUCAGUGGAUGUAAGGGAUGAGUUGAAACCAAAAAUGGCUUAAGAAAAAAGUCUCAAAAAAGACAAAACAUGCCAAAAUAGCCAAAACCAAAACACCAAAAACUGAAACCAAAAAAAAUCGGAAAGAAUAGCUUUAUGUGAAAAACUUUAAAGACUUGUCCAGGAUAAGAUCAUCAGCUCCUCAUAAACUCCUCAUUUAUUAGAUAUUCUGAUUUUUUUUCUUCAUUAUUUUAUCUCCUGCUUUAUUUUUUUCUGCAUUAUUUAUACUCUUCUAUGUUUUUUGUGUAUGUUUAAUUCUUUCUCAAACUACCUCUAUCAUAAGCUUGCUAGAGUAACUGCCAUGAUUCCAAAAAAGCCACUUAUUUUUUAAGUAAUUUCUUUACUGUUUUCAUCAUCUGUAUUGGUGGCAUUAUAUGCUGUGUGUGUGUGUGUGUGUGUGUGUGUGUGUGUGUGUGUGUGUGUGUGUGUGUGUGUGUGUGUGUGUUUGUGUUUGUGUUUUAGUAUCGCUAAAUUCUCAAACCCUUUAGCAUCAGGUCUCUGUCAGACUCAUUCUCAUCAUCUCUUGAUACCAAAGCAUUUGUCUGUCCUUGUGGCAUCAGCAAGCAAGUGUUCAGACAACACCUCAGAUAUGUCAGAAGACAAACACACUUCAGAUAUCUAAAAGCUAGACAAACUGUUUCUUCCUCCCGUGAAUCAUCCCGUGACCCUCUCCUAUGUGACAGAAAAGCAAAUGGAUCAAAUCAAGAAUGGUGUUAAAAUAGGAGGGAGAAGAAUCAACAUGUAAAGACGGAUGUGUGGGAGCAGUACUACAAGCUCCCUCUGAAAAAGGGAAAGCCUUCAAAAUGAAACGUGAAGCAUAACAAUUGCAGUGUUGCUUUUCUUUUCUUUUUUCAACACAAGGAGCAAACCAAAAAAGUGAGCCAAACUACUGAAUGAGUCAACCAAAUAAAAAAGGGAACCACAAAAAAGAAAAAGAGAUGAUGGAGAGGCAGAUGAAGAGGAUGAGUUGAGGCUACAGUUGAUCAUGAACUAUGAUUGCUGUGACUGACAGUUCAGUGUGAAAUGAGGUGCAGCUCCAUGGUCCUCUCCUCCUACCUCUUUUCCCAUUACGUGUGCCCUUGCUUCGUUCACUUAGGUUACUGAGGAAUAUUUAUCAACCUCACUGAACUGAACUGAAAAAACCAUAUAUUUUUUGUUUUAUUGCCUUUUUCUUGCUUGAUAUGUUGAUGCUCUAUGACUUUGUCUCAUUCUUUCUAUUUUUGGGAUGAUUAGGAUAAUGUAUUGUCUAUUUUGAUAUGUUGUUUUGAUCAUAUGGUGGGGAGGUGAAAAUAUUACUGUGAAAAUGUAGCUUCCAAGUUAUUCCUUGAUCAAGAAUGUUGUGAAAAAGCCAAAACUGAAAAAAACCAAAAGCAAAAUCUUUUUUGAUACAUAAAUGAGCCAAAUAGCAGCCAAACCAAUGAACAAUGGAGGAAGAGAAACAGUGAACUACCUGCACUGGUGCUAGGAGAGAUUAAAGGUGUGUACUGAAGAGUGCUGGUUUGUGGGUAUGAGCAGUGUGUGUGUGUGUGUUUGUGUAUGUGUGUGUGUGUGUGUGUGUGUGUGUGUGUGUGUGUGUGUGUGUGUGUGUGUGUGUGUGUGUGCGCAUGAGGUAACUAUUCUUUAACGUAAAAACCAAACUAAAAUAAACCAGUUAGACAACAUACCUUCUGUCCAUUGUAUCGCUAGAGAGCAGUGAGAAGCUACUGUCCAUCAUCAGAAAAAACCUACAAGUACAAGGACACAA